UCACCUCCCACUCUGUCAGUGUCUCUUAUACAUAAACACACACACACACACACGCGCUCACGUAUACACACGUACAUAGUCCAGUGCCAUCUAGCGGCAGCAAUUGACAAUAUCGCCAUCAGUUCUCGUCCUUCUUGACCAGCUUCAACAGGUUUAAGUGAGACAACCUCCUCCUCAAAUCGGUAGCUGCUCUAUCAACAGCCAUUGUCCCCUCUUUCGGCUGCUGUUCUCUACCCAACAAUGGAACAAAAGAACGUUCUACAUGCACCUUUGAAAGCUCCUCCUACCAGGUCCAGGUUCCGUAAGUUUUACAUCUACAGGGACCCUAAUGACUUCCAGUUUCUUGAUCGCCAUGCCAUCGCGGUCGCCCAAAAGGACUUCAAUACAUUUGAUGAACUCCUGCAUGAAUUAAUUGUCAAGCCUGGCUUCAACACUGAGCUAGAGAAAGCAAGAGUGAUCUUCCGAUGGAUGACGGCCAGGAAUAUGUAUACCAUCAAGUUUGCUUCUUAUGAAAAAGGUAAAGGUCGUCCUGAAGAAACUUUGGAAGCAUUUAAAGACAAAAAGGGGACAUAUGCUCGCAUUUUCGAGACCAUGUGCGGCUACUCUGGAUUGUACUCUGUCGUGAUCACUGGACUGGCCAAAGGUCUAGACUACCGUCCAGGAGAUGUUUUUAAGGGAACUGAAUACAAUCACAGUUGGAAUGCAGUCUACAUUGACAACAACUGGUAUCUUGUUGAUUCUCACUGGGCCACUCGUUAUUUAGUCUCUGAUAAAGAUGAACCAGAAAACUUGGUGUAUGAAUACGAUGAUUUCUACUUCUUGACUGAUCCUGAACAACUGAUCUACAGUCACUGGGCCCACAGGCCUGAAUGGCAACUUCUUACCCACCCACUGAGCCUGGGAGAGUUUCAAGAACUGCCAUUGGUCAAAUCCUACUUCUUCAAGUGUGGCAUGUUUUUCCAGUCUCACCAAAAGGGUGUGGUUGAAACGACUGGAGGCCGCCUGUCUCUGGCUGUUGGCUUCAUCAAACCAACUACCUUCAGUUACAAAGUAAUUGAUGCUGACACCAAAGAAGAAGUCUUUAAAGGCCGCAAAAUGAAGGACUUUGUCCUGCAACUCACCCAUGACAAUCAGGUUAUUCUCAUUUUCCGGGCACCGAAACAAGGCUCCUAUUACCUGACUAUUUUCGCUCAACUUCUCACUGGUGAUAUUGGUGUGAAAAAUGUCUACACUGCAUCAGCAGAGUAUAAGGUUAUUGCUGAUAAAUGCUCAGAUGACGCUGCCCCGAUGCCACCUUGCUCAGACAGCAACUGGGGUCCCAGUGUUCCAGUCGACCAGCUUGGGCUUAUUCCAUCACAUGAAGACCCUGUCGUCACCACCACUGAUGGUAAUGUGAAGCUCAACUUCAAGAAGACUCGCCCUGCCCACAUUCUUUGCAAACUACGCAAGCAGGGGAAAGGUCCCGAUGACCUUGAGGAGUUUGUAUGUGACAAAGAUGAGGCAAACAACGUUGCUGUCAAUGCCAAACUGCCUGAACCUGGAGAGUACGGCUUGGAGGUCUAUGGCAAUGACCCCUCAAAAGAUGGGGAUACUUACACCCACAUUUGCCAGUAUUUUGUCCAUUAUGCCAAGCCUGACGCUCAGGAUAGAGCAUUCUACAGUGACUCACCUGAACGAAGACAGAUCUUCUCCAAGUCUCCUCAGACUGCGGCAUUAAAUGGCUUCAGUCCAACUAGUACCACUUUGACCGAUGGUAUGCAAAACAUGGACAUAAAUGACCAAAACUUCCCACCACCUCCUCCUGAGCUGCUCCAGCAACAGUUUCUCUACGGAACAUUACAAAACACUGCUCAACAACCACUCUUUGGCCAAAUGGCGCAUUCCAAAGGACAGGGUCAUCUCUCCUAUCGACCUGGGGCUGGCCAGUUCUAUAGCAAGCCCACUCAAAGGGCUAACUUCUUUAACAUCCCUGCUUCAGAGACUCCAAUUAUUGUCGAAAAGCGAUCAAAGGGGCAGGUUGCACCUUUGCCUCCUACCACUUUCAAGUUGGAAGCUGUAGAUGAGUCAAAAGGUGCACCACCUCCAGUACCAAUAUCCAACCAAGAACAUAAGCCUUCUCUGGAGGUAAUGGAUCAAAAAGUGCUGAAAUCUGUUGAUGACCAUGCCAUCCAGGUGUCCAAGAGCUCCCACGACAGCUUCAAAGACCUUGUCUGGGAUAUGAUAUUCAGCAAGAACAUUACCAAUGAGUUAGAAAAAGUCAGAAUCGUGUUCCGUUGGUUGGCCUCCAAAGACCUGAGUGCAUUCAACUUUCAAAAUGUUGAACCAAACAGUCCUGAAGAGAUCCUUAUGGGCCUGAAGACAGGCAGGACCACAUAUGCUAUGGUCUUUGAUAUCCUCUGCAGGUAUGCUGGUAUCCACAGCCAAAUUAUCAGUGGGUUUGCCAAGGGAGCCGACUAUCGUCCUGGCCAGAAGUUUACUCGAGGCAGCAAUCAGCACUCGUGGAAUGCAGUCUACAUCUACGGCCACUGGUGCCUCAUAGACUGCCACUGGGCAGCGCGGCGCAUAAUCGGCAAACAAUCGAGUACUCAGACUGAUGAAGAGGAUUUCCUAUAUUCCUUGGACGAGUAUUUCUUUUUGACUAAUCCUCAUCAACUCAAGUUUACUCAUUUCCCUGACGACCCUAAGUGGCAGCUGCUAGAACAACCUGUUACUUUGGAAGAAUUUGAGAACCAACCACACAUGAAGCCUCAGUUCUUCAAGUAUGAACUGGAGUUUAUCAGUAACACCACAGCUGUUAUUAAUGCACGUGGUGAACUGAACAUUCGCCUCACCUAUCCUCACCAACGACGACCCCUGGCCUUCAACUUCAGCAUCCAGUUUGAAGAUGGUAGAGAAGAGUACAAAGGCAUCAAGAUUAAUCGUUAUGGCAUGCAAGAGAGCAGCAAUGGCAUUGCAUCUUUCCGCCUUCGCCUGCCUGUUACUGGUUCAUAUGUGUUGUACAUAUAUGCUAAGGAAGACACUCCAGAGAACAAAGAUAACGUUUAUUCCCAGGUGUGCGAAUACAAAAUCAUUCAAGAAUCCGUGUCGUCGCCAGAACCUACACCUUUCCCACCUUGCAGUUAUCUCACAUGGGGUACUGGCUCAGCUUUCCAGAAAUACGGCCUGUCAACUUUCCAGCAGACAGCCUGCGUAGUUUCACGAGAAGGAAAGGCUGAACUACAAAUUCGCAUGCCAGAACAGAAUAGACAGUUUAUGGCGAAGUUAAAGUCGAACAACCACAGCGAUGAUGAUCUCGAGGGUUACAUCAUUGACCAAAUAGUUGGGCGCACAGCUUACUUUAAAAUCUCUUUACCUGGACGAGGUGAAUAUGGUCUCGAGAUCUAUGCUAAUGAUCCUGCUUUAGAAGGUAUGACCCUCUAUCAUAUUGCACAAUAUCUAAUUGUCUGCAAUGAAGACGUCAAAGCUCUUCAACUACCCAAGCUCCCCCCCGGUUACCUCGGUCCCCAACAGAAAUUUGAGGAAUUUGGCCUUCGUACAAUAUCUCAUCCAAAUAAACUAAUUAAGUUAGAAGGCAACUUUGUUGAAAUUAAAUUAGCUACUGCUGAACCAAUGAGAGUUACAGCUAAUUUGAUCUCUGUGGAGGAGAAUAAGGAAUACGCUGAGUGUGUCUUUACCCAGUCCGAAGGUGCUACUGUUAGCUUUUUGGUACUUUUGUCCAAAACUGGUUUCUUUAAGCUUCAGCUCUAUGCUUUGCCAUGUCGGGAUACAAGCCAACAACUGCCAGGUAUUUACAACUACUUGGUACAUGUCCCUGCUAUUGUAAAACAACCCUAUCCUUUCCCCAAGCAAUACGCACAGUGGAAAGAAGGUUGCUACAUGUGGGAUCCUCUGGUGCUUGGCCCUUAUGCUGAACAGGCCAUGGCAAAUGUCAACUUCAAGGUUUCCAUACCUUCGGCUAAUGCUGUUGCUGUUGUUGCGGACCAGGAUUGGACAACUUUAGAGAAAAAGAACAAUAUCUGGGAAGGUACAGUCGAACUGGGCAAAUACUGGGGUACAAAUACCCGAGUAACACUUAAUGCAAAUCUGGGUGGUGAUGCAAGUAGUUUUGCGACCCUUCUGGAAUAUUCCAUUUAAUUCGCUUCUGAUAAGAUGCUUUUAGGAUGGAGUGGGGUAGCUGUUAAUUGCAGUGCACCUCUCUCUGCACCCACCCACCCCACUAUUCACAAUCCUUUGAAUGUUGCUUAUUUUUGCUAAUAGAUGCUAAAUAUACUAGGGCAAAAUAACAAACAGAAAGAUCCGAGAAAACCAACAAGUUUGUUAAAUAAGUGAACACCUCUUGUGCAAAGAGGAGAGAUGAAUGACAAAUGUUUUUGACGCUUGAAAAUACUGAUUCGAAGAGGAGCUUCUGAGCCUGUCUCAUGUCUUUGUUUCUUUUCCCAGAUCACAUACAUUUUUUGACAAAGCCACUGAGCCAGGCUCUUCUUACUCACCUUUAUGCCAGUAUAGUGUGACUCUGUGUGUGCUAAAUGGAGUAGGUAGUUGUAUAGAGCAAGCGAAUACACAGGGAGUUAGUUUGCACUUAAUCCUGGUUAACCUUUGCACCACCUCCCUGCGCAUUAAUAUCUUUCUACUCCUUGUUUUCUAGACACAUGUUUCCAUAGUGACAAGAGAACUGGCCAAUAGAUACCCGGCCGACUGUCAUUGUCAUUUUACAUUAGUCUGGCUUGAAAACUGAACACACCACAGUUCUGUUCAACUCCUCCCAUCCUUCCAUUGUGAACCAACAAUGUCCGUCCUUCCCUUUCCUCUGUUAAUAACUUAUGAAACUGUCACAGCUAGCUGGCUUCUUUCGCAUAUAAAUUCUUUUCUUGCCUCCCCUUAGUCGAGGAGUUUCUCGAAGGAACCCUAUCGUCUACAAUAUAUUUUAAGUUUAGAUUACAUUAUAUAUUUUUAUAUUUCAAUUUUUCCUUUGUGCAUUUAAACAAAACAUUGUCUUUUCCUUUCUGUAAUUAAUUGCCUGGAGUCUUAGGUCCGUGCCUAUUGAGUUAUCUACCCUUUCUCUCCUCUAUGCAUACAUACACACACACAGACUCAACAUGCCAUAACCCCUAUUUGUUGAUAUCCUUUAUUUUGUGCCUUCUAAUAAUUCCUUCCAACUUCCCUUCCAACAUGGUGUGAUAGGUUAGUAAUGGAAAAAGUCUGUACAUUGUCGAACCCAAACUUAAUGUGAACCUUCUAAUACACAGGUACUUUAGAAUAAACCAAGAGUCAUAAAACCCUGUUGCUCUAUACCUCAGGCUACUGGGCUGCUAGUAGUAACACCACCAUGCAGUACGUAGAAAAGAUGUUUAUUCUCAAACAAACGUAGCCUAGCCAGAUACUGAUAAGCAGGAAGUGCUAACCCUGCACCACCCUGCACCACCCCAGCACCAGUUGGGCAAGGAGUGGAAUGGAUGAAACACCCGGUUUACACCCAAACUAGAUAUUUCUAUCAGUUUGCAAUAAUAACUACUCCAGAAAAUCUGUGUAGUUUCAGUUGUCAAAUAUUGUUGAUACAGUUAUGUGGCAUGUACACACACACACAAACAAUCUCUUGAAUUGAUGUCUUUGGAUUGCAUUGGAAUUCUAUUUUAUUUGGUAAAUAAAUUUGACAAAAGACCUGCUGGAGGUCGUAAGGUCACUUACUACACUCCGCACAUACAUAUACACACUCUUUCAUAAAGUGGUUAUUUGACUGUUGAGAAAUAGCAGCCAAAUCUCCUCUAAUCACAGCCUGUGAUGCUUAAAAAAUUACAAGAUAUUGAAUAAUGUAAUCAUGAAUAUGCAAAAAGUAGGAAUGGCCAUGGCUGGAAAGGCUUUUACUAUAGAUCUGCUCACCCGGAGCUGACCUAAAGGAAAAACAGCUCUUGUAUACACACACACACAGCUGUCCUGGAAUCGAAAAUUUGCUGUUCCCAGUAUUUUCAGUUGGUUAACAUUCCUAAGUGUAACAUUUGUCGUGAAAUUCUCCAGUUUGAAGUACUAGACAAAAAAAGUUCCAUUUCCAUACAUACACAUAUAAACACAAACACACACACACACCUCCUUUUAUGUAGAACAUGUACAUAUAUUUGUAAAUGUAUGUAGAAUAUUGUACAUAGGAUUGUGCAGCGCCGAAAAUUAUUAAGAACAUUGUCCAAACCUUCCUGCCGUCCUUAACACACCAAGCUGUUACUAUUUGCCUUAAUCUUUCCUUAUUGAACAUUAGUCUGAUAAAUUGGUUGACCACCAAUCUCUCCUUUGCCACAUCCCAUCCCUUAAAGGGGCAACCCUCUCAUCUAAACAGUAAAAACAAAAAAAAAAUCUAAGCAAAAAGCAAUACAAGCAACAUGCUCUAAGUGAAUAUGUUGUACUUUGAACUGCAAAAAUUACUAAAACGAAUCGUUCCAUCUCAAGGACCCAACAUCUGCAUCAAGCUCCAGCCAUCUUUUAUUCCUAACAUAUACACACACACACACACACACACUCUCUCUCCUAUUUUAUUACAACACAUCACUAACAACAGUUAUUCAGUCAAGCAAUAUUUGGAUUAUUUUGGGCGUUGUUUUCUCUCUUAGGAUCUUGUUUUUUAUUUUUAUUAUUCUUCGUUUGUUAUUUUGUUACUAUAUUUCUGUCCUCACCUUUCCCCCCAUUCUAUACAUACCAUGUUUGGUGCAAGGAAGGAGGUGUUGCUAUUAGGAGAUUUUAGACUGCCAACUGCAAGUUUAUGCCUUAUCGUAUACAAUAAAGUAUUUUGCUAAAAGUCUGCAACUAUUCCUAGCAUGACACUAAAUAAGCUCCUUACCUUUGCCCCUUCUAAACAACACUUGAGCCUCUUACUUUAUAUUCUACACCUCAAUCUCUCCCAGCCUUUUAUAUAUGUAUGUAUGUAUAUGUAUAUAUGUAUAUAUAUAUGUAUAUAUAUACAUAUAUAAAAUAUGUGCAAUAAUUGAAUAUAUGUAUUGAAUGGCAACAGAGCUGAAUAGCUAUUAUAUUUCUAUAAGGUUUAAAUACCCCAGUCAAAAAAAAUAUAUAUAUAAUAUAUACACACAUCCCCACUAACUUUCCUUUGCCAAUAUUAUAUUUUGCUUAUUCUCACUCAAACUUUAGCUGCGUCCAGUUUGGGUUCUAAAUUUCAAAGUUCAAAAGUAAAAGCAAAGUGACAAAGAAAAUAAAAAGGCUGCAAAAAAAUUGUAAUAUCUAAAAAUUCUCUAAUUUCAUUACUAUCUUUUUUUUAAUUAUUUUUUUUUUUUUUCCUUCAAUGAAUAAAAUUUCUCGCUUUUUA